AUAAAUAAAAAUCGUCAGUCACUACUCGCGUAGAUUUUAGUGCGCGAAUGUCUUUAUAUAUAGAAACAAAUUUGGUAGUAGUCUACCUACGGAUAGACUGAAUUUUGUCACUAUUUCACCAUUAUUGCUGAAACCACAAAUCGGUUGUCUUUUAGCGCUAGUCCAAAGCACCAUCGGCGUGUAUGUAAAUUUGCGUGCGCUGUGACCUUUGGCGGAACGCGUUCCAUAUAAAGUGAUAUAACGCAUAGAAUAAAUGGCAACAAAGCGAAAACCGAUUCACACGCAGCCGGGGUCCGCCUCGCAACGCCCGAGCAUGAACUUCCGGCCAGGGAUGAAUGACACGACAGCACGAGCCGAGGCCAAGGGAACACGACCUACGGCAACGCCGACAUCCAUUAAGGAGGUUCUCACAAUGAUGGUGUUGCACGUUUGCAAGAAGAUUAUAUUUUUCGACACGAAUCUCAAAGUGCCACUCUAUUUGGGAAGCUUAUUCUUCGUGUCCCUGGUGGGAGAUUUCCUGCCGUAUCCAAAAACAUAUCUAGCCCGAUCGGACAAUUUGUUCAAUGUGUAUUUCGUCAAAAUGGGAUGGGCAUGGACGCUGUUGUUCUCAUUGCCAUUCCUGGCGAUGACCUCGGUGACGGUAUGCUGUGGGGACCAUCAGAGAUUAGUGCGGAACCAUCUUCCCCGGCUAGGAAUCGCCACCGGGUUUUGGUUCGUGUGGACUAAAGUGUUCAACAUUAUUGAAUCGUCCUACGGUCGCUGUAGUGUUCGUGGUUUCGAUUCGAAAUCCGGUUGCCUAAAGGCAGGACAUCUCUGGAAUGGAUUCGACAUCUCGGGCCAUGCGUUCAUCCUAAUCUACUCCAGUUUGGUGCUCAUGGAGGAAGCUCGAUCAAUAAUCGGCUGGGAGAGUAUCAAAGAGCAUCUCCGGAACGAGGAACACAAUCGCACAAAGCAGGACAGUAUGCAAACGACAAAUCCACUGAAAAGCCUUAAGGAUGAUGAUUUGAAGGCGCUGAAAUAUUUCUACACACGUUUCACACCUACGAUCCGGUUACUGUUCAUAGGCAUGACUAUGUUGCAGCUCCUUUGGGACAUAAUGCUCGUUGGUACCAUGUUGUACUACCACAGGAUGGUAGAAAAGGUCCUAAGCGGAAUAAUCGCCGUUCUGACGUGGUUCUUUACGUAUCGGGCUUGGUACCCGACGAAUUCGCUUCUACCCGACCCUGUCGGCAAAGGAUUAUUCAACUAUCAGACAGUAUCCAAACCAGUGGAAAUUGGCGUUCGGCGAAGAGCCAGCUUGCUUCAACCGAACACCUCUCAAACACAGGACAUUCCCAAAUUCAUGGGAAUGCCACUGUACGCAGCGAGACAGCAACAGAACGCCUCUGCUUCGACUGCCGGAUUAGGAUCACCGACAGAAGCCGGUAGCGCGGGCCAAGGUUUCCCUUCAUCCUCAUCCUCGUCGUCCUAUGUAAGUAGUAUGAACGCGGCUCGGUUAGGAACGGCCUUUGGCGAAACGAAUAGCCCUCCUUUUUCGCGCUUCCAACAAAGUGCGCACCGAAGUAGGUUCGAUUGAGAUUGUUGUGUUAAACUCCGGUUGACAAAUUCAUCUAUUGGGAGAGGCUGUUCUGUAGCUGUUAAUCAAAUAGCUACUAUUGUAAUAAAACACCAACAUUUUCUAAUAGAGAGACCUACUUGAAAAUUUCACUGAUAGCACAGGUUAUGGCAUUUCAAUGUUUCGUUAUUUUUGUUUUUAUUUUAUUGCACGUUAUUUAAUUUAUGUUUCACAUGAAAAUUAUUUUAAUCAGAAACCCAGUACGUACUAUAAGUCAUUUUUGCUAGCCCAGUCAUCAAAACGAAUUGUGCAGUUGCUAUAAGGAAAUAUUUCGAUGUGUUACCUAUAGGUAAUUUCAGUUACCCAAUAAAUGUAGAAGGAAUUUUUCAAUCCCAAUUCAUUGGAACAGUUUAAAAGGUCUUCUUAUUAACAGAAAUCUAAAGUAGCUAUUUUCGGAAUUUUAACAUAACUAAUCGAUAAUCUGAGUUAGCUUCUCAAAUU